AUGGCAGUAGGAUUGAAAGAAUUUGAUUGGACGACAACAAUCAGUACCAAUCUUUUUAUGUUAAAAUGUGUGGGACUAUGGCCCGAAGCAGAAUUUUACAAAGCAAAUAUUUACACGUGUUAUGCAAUAUUUAACGCAAUUUUUAUAAUUGGUGGCCACAAUCUCUCCCAACUCAUCCUCAUUUAUUUCGUCUACUCCGACUUGGAAGCAUUAGCAAACACGGUUUUUGUGUUAACAACAAACAUCAUGGCAGCUGCAAAAAUGUAUUUCUUUGUCAGGAAUUUAAAAAUGAUUAAACAGAUGUUGGCGGUUCUCAGCAGUCCGGAGUUUUUGCCAAAAUCCGGCGCUCAAUUGGAUUUAGUUCAACCGUCUUUGAGUUUAUGGAAAUUGUCUUACACUGUUUUCUCUGUAAUAGUUGCAAUGAAUGUGUUUUUGUGGUCCAUUGCUCCGUGUUUCAACGAAGAACAGAGAUUUCCAUUCGUGGCUUGGUAUCCUUUUCAGACAAAUUCCAUGUUAAACUACUGUAUUGUUUAUUUAUACCAAGUUGUGUGCAUUUGGGUUAUAACUAUCGCAAAUUUGAAUAUGGAUACGAUGACGAUGGCUUUGAUGGUUUACAUUGGAACGCAGUGUGACAUUCUUUGCGACAACUUGAAAAAUCUUUGCGGAAGCUCGGACUAUUUUAACACACAAUUAAUCAAUUGUGUUAAACAUCACAAGAAAAUUGUAAAUUAUGCCAAAGAGAGUAACAAUAUUUUUAAUAUGAUAAUUUUGGGCCAAUUUGCCACAAGUACUAUGGUUCUUGCCCUUACAAUGUUUCAAUUGAGUUUGGUUAACCCUCUGAGUGGCAUUGCAGCAAUACAUUUAAAUUAUAUUCUCGGAAUUACUACAGAAAUCUUACUUUACUGUUAUUACGGCAAUGAAGUUGAAGUCAAGAGUAACCGAAUUUCUUACUCAAUCUAUAAGUCGGAUUGGUACCAGCAACCGGUUACAAUUAGAAGAAUAAUUCUCAUUCUUUGUGAAAGAUGUAAACGGCCUAUUAAAAUUACUGCAAUAAAUCUGUUUGCUCUUUCUCUAAGCACAUUUAUGACGAUUAUUCGCUCUGCUUAUUCUUACUUUGCAUUGUUGUAUAAUGUUAAUAAUCGUUAA